GUACAAUAACACGCAUCUACCUCCUGAACACCGCAUGCACAGCAGGUGUCCGAGGCAAGGAUGAGGAGCAGAUUUGAGGAGAGAAAGCAUGAUCAGUGACAUACAAGUGCAUGGUGAAGUGCCAAUUGGACACAGGAUGGGACACAGGAUGCGACUCUGAACUAUAUAUAUACUGUGAUAUUUCUCUUCUGUCAAUUCUUGCCUGUGUCUGGGAACAAGAGCUGCUGGUUUUAAAGAAAUAAAAACUUGCACUGUUUUGACUUAGUCCAGAGUUUUGCUCAUCUUAUUACUUUACUUACAAUUGUACACUGAACUUCUGAUAAAGAAAAGUGACUCUACAGAUCAACCAUCACUAGAAGUGACAAGGACAUUAGGUUCAAUUUAAACUGUACCAAAAGUAGAAAUAUUUCAGGAAUCGGAAUAGGUCAGGAAAUCUUGAGUAUAAAAACAGUGUUUCUCCAGAGUAACUUCACAGUGCUACAAACCUACGAUAGCAAGAGGCUUGGAGAAUGCUGCUCCCAAAUGCAAUGAUAAGUCUGUUACUCAUACUGUGCUGUACUUCAUACUACAAUGCUGAAAAAACCUGCCCUGAGGUGAAGCUGGUGGGUUUGAAUGACAAUGAGAGGCUGACUUUCCUGCAAGGGUGUCCAGGACUUCCUGGGAUGCCAGGAACCAAUGGCAUUCCUGGAACCCCAGGCAGUAAAGGGGAUCAGGGUCUUGCAGGGGGUAAAGGUGUGAAAGGAGACCCUGGAGUACCUGGGAAGAUGGGUCCAGUUGGUGACAAAGGAGUGAAAGGCGACUCUGGACCCAUUGGAAAUCCAGGCCCGGCUGGAGCCAAAGGAGAAAAGGGAGAUUGUCUAACCUCAAUUCAAACAGGUGCUGUGAGCUGUAAGGAGCUGUUGGAGAAAGGAAACACACUGAGUGACUGGUACACGGUGUACACAGCCAGCAAGAAACCCAUCAGUGUGUUCUGUGACAUGCACACAGAUGGAGGAGGCUGGCUUGUAUUUCAGAGACGUAUGGAUGGAUCAGUGGAUUUCUUUCAGGACUGGAAUUCAUACAAGAGAGGGUUUGGCAACAAGCAGACAGAGUUUUGGCUGGGAAAUGAGAACAUUCAUUUAUUAACAGCAACAGGUUCUCAUGAAUUACGCAUCGAUUUUGAAGACUUUGACCGUGUAAAAACCUUUGCAAAAUACAAGUCGUUUCAAAUCUUGGGGGAAUCUGAGAACUAUAAACUCCUCCUGGGGGAAUUUACAAGUGGUACUGCUGGUGACUCUCUAACAUAUCACAACAACAGCUCCUUCUCUACUAAGGAUCACGACCUAACUGCAAAUCGGUGUCCUGAUAAUUAUAAAGGAGCCUGGUGGUAUGAUGACUGCCAUAAAUCCAAUCUGAACGGUCCUUAUAAAAAUGGACCCCAUGAAUCAUUUGCAGAUGGAAUCAACUGGUUGUCAGGGAAAGGAUACAAUUAUUCCUACAAGUACACUGAAAUGAAAAUCAGACUGAAAUAAAAAUAAAGAACAUAAGAAUAUAAGAUAAGACAUUUCACAACAAGGAAAGUCCUUUCUCUGCUUGUUCACUAUCUUGCUACCAGUGUGAUCCAGUGUCAUCACUCAGGACAGGAUUAUCUACCCUCCCCAACAGAUUAUUGUUAGUGAAAAAAUACAUGUUUAUCUUAAUGCUACAAUGAUUAAUAGAUAACUAUAGGAAGUUAUAUUUGUGCAGAGUCCCGCACUAACAGACUAACAAAAGAGAAGUUUUGUUUCUUUAAUUCUUUACGUUUAGUCCUUUAAUGCACCGCUGCUACAGCCAUCAAAAUGCUGUAUGUUCACUGUCGGACAUCAAAAAUCCUCUGCUGUGAUUAAUGUUCCUGUUAUUAUGCAUAAUUCAAAAGUUUAUUUGAGAGGUGUUAUGGAGAGUAUUUGUCAGAAAUCAUUCUGCAGAUUCUGUCUGACACUGCUUUAAUAAGUAAUUUAGCUGUAAGAAGACUGUUCAAACUGUUGGAUGCCGUAAACUACAUGUCGCGCCCACACAAUAUUUAUAUAUUCAUGCACAUUGGCGGGUAAUUUUGCACAUUUACCCAGCACUGUCAACAAGAAAUGCCGCUAGACACAAAGACGCGUGCUUGAGGAAACACAACUGUUUAUAUUUUGAAGAAUGGAUGAAAUGUCGGAGAUGCACGUGUCUGAUUUGAUUUUUUGUUCAGAAGUUCAUUUGCGCUUUGGUGCCCAUGCGUACUGUGCUACCGUGUCUCGCGUAACGUGCAAACGGAGAGUUCUCACUUUUUUUUCUCUCUGUCAGUCAUCUGGGAGAAGGUUGUAAGAAUAGAGUUGUCUAUGAGAAUGCUGCAUAUGCUCUCAGACUAUCUCAGGAUGCAUAAGCAAAUAACAUGCAAUGACAUUGGGACUACAGGUGAAUUGUGAUGUGUGUGUGUGUGUGUGUGUGUGUGUGUGUGUGUGUGUGUGUGUGUGUGUGUGUGUGUGUGUGUGUGUGUGUGUGU